AUGAGGUGGUUGAAGCAGACUUAUGAUGCGGUACGCAGCGAAGACAUCGAAGAGAGCAAGGCAGAAGAAAUCAGAGACUUUCUUGCCGCCAAAAGCGGCGAAGAUGCUGAAGCCCCCGACCGGCAUGAUGCUCAUCCUUUAACUAUACAACCCGCGACACUGCAAGGUGGUGGAUCUCACAUCCAGCUCCAUCAUCCUAGUCCGAAGCCCAGGGAGCUCCCUAAAGCCACACCGUUCCUUGACUCACUGGACAAACCCUAUAUGACCCCUUAUACCCUCCCGAAACCUCCUUCCGACCGGAGUACUGAUAUCUCCUGUCUGAACACGAGCGCCAGCUUGAUGAUGCAACGCCUCACGGAUCAUUUCCCUCCUUCAAGUGACUUACAAGGCAGUGAUGCGGGAGACACUUCGACCCUGAAGAAGCACUUAGAUGACAUAUUUGGCCCUUUCGUUAACACUUUGAAGCCAUUUGAAGACAUACCAGCAGAAGACUGGGUCAGGGCCGCGAUAUGGUGGGCAUUUAAGGGAAAGGAACAAUUGGAGAUCGUGAGCUUCCAUAAGGGCUCAGUGCCUGUGGCUAACAGAGAUGCGGUCGCAUCGCCAAAGCCUAUUCAGGCAGCCGUCAAUCUCGCAAAGGCCUGGUGGAUUUGUCAAUCCAUCAUACCUAGGUUAGGCCGUGGCGAAUUUCUAGAUGAUAAAGACUUUAACAUUGCACUUCUGGAGCAAUACAGGUGUGUCCAGCAAUACCUUCAGGGACUUGGCCAAACUAUCUCCUUCUUACUGGAGACAAAACGUGACCAAAUAACUGGGAUCGAUGUUGAUAGAAGCUUGUGGAUAAUGUACCCGUCCUGCAGUCCGAAGGAACGCGAGAUACUUUGUCCAGAUCGAUGGCCCCAGUCGGCUGAUAACACCCCCCCUUUAGCUUUCGGCGAUACCGAGACAUUGUUUUCUUACGGAAGCGAAUUUGUCAGUCUGACAUUGGUCAAUGAGGGAGACGAUAUUCCAUCACACUCCUUCGAGUGCGUGCUCUCGUUUAUUCGUCUUCAAUCAAGCUGGGAGAUAGUGGCUGCUUUUGCCAGCCAAACAGAAGCUGUUUAUAUCGAAGUCCAUUCGAGUCGGAAAAGGGGGGUCUCAUGGCAUGAUGUCUACUGGGAUGCAGCUCGUUCAGUACUACAUAUCAUAAUCAGACCGCAACACAUCGCUCAGGUGCAGCUCACUGAACAGAGCUUCAAGAUGGUAUGGGAGAUUGCGCAGGAGAUCAUGCACACCGAGACUCUCCUCGUUGCAGGUGAGCUCGACACCCUCGUAUUCGAGGAUACCGUAGGGUUCUGUCACUACAUAAGUCACGAUAGACCCAGCAACUUCCCCUCGGGGCCAGUGGAACAAUGCAAAGUCCGAUUAUUUGAGAAGUUUGAAAUGGUCAAAGAAGGAAAAACAGAGCGCAGGGUGCAUUGUGGAUUUCGUCUCUUCGUCGCUACCCCGCCGCAAGCUAAGAUGAUCAGCAGGGCUUCUCACUACUUCCUUAACAGCACCCCGCUGCUGUAUGGCAUUUAUGAAGACGAUAAUGGAUUUCCAGGCCUGCUGCUCCAGGUCCGAGAGGGAUCCCAUAGACUCUCUAUCUCACUUACCUUCCACGAUCACCACGCCCGCGGCCUAUUGCAUGCGCUGCUGUUGGGCGCUAUUCCUCGAGACCAUGAAACUAUGUCGGAGAAGUUUGCUAUACGCUCCUUUGCCCUAUCAGAGCCUCCCGAUCGAGAUUCUGACAUGCAAAAUAUCCGACAUCUCGAGGUCGGAGAAAGCAUGGCAUGUGUGAUCGAGGAGAAGGACGGAGCUGGCCGAAGCCCGUACGGCAAUACUGUUUGGUCAGAGACGUUGAGAGUGAUUAUAGAGACUACCUGGGGGUCUAUUACAGACCGAAUCAAUCUACCACCCUCUCAUCUUAGGAUUGGUCUUUGCGUUCUCGACGACAAAGUGUUGAAUAUCCUGCGACCUCCGCAAAGUGACCUGACAGUUUGCGUUAGACAAGACACCAACAGCGACAAGUUAAGGGACGAGUUGACCAAAGUGAUAAAUGCCAUACAGACCAAAUUCACUUUACGCCGAAUAGAAUUCAACUCUAUAGAAGACCUACACAGUUUCCAACAGGCAAUAACAGGCUACAAAGUGCGCUUUGACCGCGUAGCAAAGAGGUUCAUCAUCAACCGCCCGCGAAAGUUAUUUUCCAUCCGCAACCGUUGGGAAGCUAACUUUACGCGGGUACAGCUUGUGCAACAAAAAGGGAAGUUCCAAUUGAUUGCAUUCUUCUACCAGUCGCCGCAUGGUAACUGCAUGAACUUCGAAGUCAGAUGCACAGAUGCUUUUCAGCCGAUCGACAAAAGUGAUCUGUGGGGGAUUGUCAUUAAGGAUGCCAAGUUUGCUCUACCGGAAAUUAAACCGCACAUGCCGGGGUUCGUGUGUCUAGAUGAGCUUGAUUAUCCGCUUGAGCAUGACGAUAUUUCGGUUAUGUUUAACGAUAAAGCUGAGAGAGAUGAGUUGCUGGCUUGUUUACCUGGGUAUGGUGGUCAAUCUUAG